UCUAAUGAUAACAUUGGGAGAAGCUGUGGUAACAUUUACUUUGACCCGCGUCCCUCAGCUUCUUCAGCGGCGGGAAAAUCACAUGAAGAUCGAGGCGGCGACCAAUGAGAGGCAUGGGAGCUGAGGCUGCUCCUCCCACCUUGAGACCUCCCCGCGAGUGGCUAUCGAUUCCCUGGCUGGAACCAAUGGCGUGUGAGCGGCGCAUGUGAUGUGCGCGGGGGCGGGGCGGUGGCCGAGAUUAUCAUAGUGCACCGCGGGUUUCCGAGAAGCCACGGAGGGUGUCAGUGAAACUCGAUAUCUGAGCGGCGAGUGUCAUGGUCUGUGGCCGCCAAGAGGGAAUCACUGGCCGGCCCGUGCAGUAGCUGGCGGGUCUCGUGCCCUCCUGACGUGUCCACACAGGCUCUCACGUGCCCGCUCGUGUUUACGUACCUCGCCGCAGGGCCUUGAAAAGUGUUGCUAAGUGUUGAUUGUCCGUGUAGCUGAGUGACACAUGAAGCACAAUACUGUGAAUUUUAUAUAGAUUAUCCACCAUGCCGCGCCCCUGCCGCGAGAGUUACGGUGAUCAGAAGCCGCCGUACUCGUACAUCUCCCUCACCGCCAUGGCCAUCUGGAACAGCCCGGAGAAGAUGUGUACACUGGCGGAGAUCUACAAGUUUAUUAUGGACAACUUCCCCUACUACCGCAAGAACACUCAACGCUGGCAGAACUCUCUGCGUCACAACCUCUCCUUCAACGACUGCUUUAUCAAGAUCCCUCGUCGUCCUGAUAGACCCGGCAAGGGCGCCUACUGGACCCUACACCCGUCCGCCAUGAACAUGUUUGAAAACGGUAGCUUCUUGCGCCGCAGGAAGAGGUUCAAGAUACCCAAGCCUGAGAAGGCGGCGCUGGAGGCGGGUCUGGCGCACCUGCACGGGCGACCCAUGGACCCACUGGAGGCGCCGAGGCUGACGGAGAGCAGCUCGUGUCCUGAGCUGCAGCAGCACAACAAACAACCCUUCACUAUAGAAAACCUGGCUGCCUCAGACGCCAAGCCACCCACGCUGACGGCACCCACGCCCGUCUACCCGCCCGGCACCCACAUGGCUCACCUUAACGCCCACUUGGCUUCCCUCAGAGGGGCGGGAGCCUACGCAGGAAGGAAUCUGGGCUUUGGGCCAUUGAGUGCCCCCAGUCUUCUGCCCCACCAGGAAACCACCCUCACGCCCACCUCCCUGCCAUGUUCUCUGGGCACUGCCUUCAGUUCAUCACUCAACAGUACCUUCAACUGCUCGCUCAGUACCUCCCUCAACAACUCGCUUAGCGGGCACCUGGCUGCCUCUCUUGGUGGCACCUUCGGCAGUGCCCUUGGCACGUCUCUUGGGGGACUAGGCGGCCUGGGAGGCUUGGGCCACAGCGUCGGGCAUUUAGGGAGUUCAAUGCCAUCGAGUCUGGCCACGUCACUGCAGCAGCUGUACAGUGCUGCACUAGCGCAGAUGCCAGGUUUGCAUACCCAUGCUGGUGGCAUACCCUCACACCUGGCACGCCUGCACCCACCCACGCUGCCUCUGCCCGUGCCUGUACGACCCACGCCCCUGCCACCAGCGCUGUUCCAUGCCCUGCCGCCCACCACUCCGCAGGGGUUGCCCACCCUUCCACCCCUUUCGCUCUUCCACCCGAAGGUGCGGUGCAUGGCGCCCCUGCUGCUGGAAGACACAUUGCCAGAGGACAACCCUAUGGAGGCUCCCUGUGACGACAAGCGCUCCUCAUCCCCUGCCCGGGGCGACGCCCCCUCCAGCCUGCGACCUCCACCUGCGGCUUCCCCACCCGCGGGCGGCACCGCAGCGUCCCCCCAGGGAAGAGUCAUUUGACAGUAGUGAUGCGGGUCGCUCUGCCCGCGUCGUCAAGCUGCCAAAAUGUAUUUGUAUAGAGGAGAGAAGAACAUACAGAGGAGAACAGAGUGAUAACAACAACUCUUGCAAGUGCCAGUUCUGUAGUGAUGUGAUAUGUGACAGUGCCAGGCAAGUGACUGUUGGGUGCCACGGAAGUGACAGGUGCUGUCACACAGGUAACAGGUGGGUGUCACACAGGUGACAGGUGUCACACAGAUAACAGGUGGUGUCAUACAUGUGACAGGUGCUGCCUCACAGGUGACAGAUGCUGUCACGAAGAUGACAUGUGCUGUCACACAGAUAACAGGUGGGUGUCACACAGGUGACAGUUGCUGUCACACAGCUGACAGAUGGUCACACAAGUGGGUGUCACACAAGGUGACAGGUGCUGUCACAGGUGUUGUCACACAGGUGACAGGUGUCGUCACGCAGGUGACAGGUGCUGAUACACAGGUGACAGACGAGUGCCACACUCACAGCUGGAGUUCCCUGCCUCCCUAGACAGUGCCACUCACGUGCCGCGCCUUCUGCAGGACAGCGCAGAGAAGGGUUCCAAAGAUUAUGAAGUUCGAGCCACCCUGAAGACACCGCGGCACUCCCGAAGAACCUUCGUCAAAACUCCUGAAGGGACGCUGUUGUCCCUCCUAUGUACAGCGUCCUACCACCCCUUCAGGAGAGGGGAAUGGACGCAGCGACAGUGGACGCCAGCAGGAUCUCCCGCUCCUGCAGAUACGCCGGCAACACCUUCGCCAGACUCAAGCCUUCGCUGGAGGCGUCUUAAAAACAUCAGCCCCCCAGGAGACUUGCCUGGGGAACCUGGUAAGGGUCGCAGGUGAACUGUAGUCACCUGCCCAGGUGGCAGGUGACUCUCAGACCUGUCACUCCAACAUUCUAUGCGACAAUAAACAUAGUCUAGUACACCUCUGUAUCAUUCACUCCCUCAAUAUUCUCGAGAGAGAUAGAUGGAAAACAUUCACUCAACAUUCCCACCAACAGAAACAGUCAACAUUAUCCCCAAUAUAAACAUUCUCUCAACCCCCCCCCCCCCCAAAAAAAAA